UCCGAGAGUUUCCGGUCUUUGGUUGGAAGGUCUCGUGCUGCAGCGAUGAUCUUUGUUUAUUUGGUUUAGUUCUGUUGAAGCGGGGGUCACAGGGCGUCGGUUUCCGGUGUAACGGCUCUUUCUCUGCUACUCUUCAGCUCCUCCGCCAUUAAAAUGAAGAGAAGCGGUUCCGAGAAGAGGCGCCAUGUGGUGGCCUGGCUCAACAAAGCCGAGUGGGACCAGGUCCUGGAGCAUCUCUACUCCAAGGACGUGGCCCUGCAGCGGUUUGCGGUGCAGCGGAUCUCAGCCUGGAGGAGCAGGUAUGCCCACAGCUCGCCGGUGGCCGUGGACUGCACCGCGGACCUGGUCCGGUGUCAGGUUCUGGACCGGUCCGGACAGCUGACUGGAGACGAUCUGGUCCUGGUUUAUGGAGCGGCUUUGGUUCGGUUUGUUAAUCUGAUCACCGAGAGGCAGCAGGGCAGGACAGCCCGCCCUCUGAGGCGGCUGGCUGGGAACCUGAACAUCCCGCAGUGGGUGGUGGACCUCAGACACGACUUCACCCACAGGAAGCUGCCCACGCUGAAGUGGUGUCGAAAAGGGUGUAAGGUGGUUCUGGAGUGGCUCCAGCAGGAGUACUGGUCCAGGCAGCUGGGAGGCGUGCCGGAUGAGGGCUGGGACUCUCAGUCGGACGGAGAGGAUGAAGAAGCUGUCCAGAAACAAAAGGCGGAAGAACGGAUCUUCAGACAAAAGGAGAUUGAGGCCUACAAGACAGCUCGGGAGCUUCUGAUCUCCUAUGAGAAGGAGCGCUUCCAGAGUUGGGACGGACUUCAGCAGGACCAGGAGAAGAGCCUGUGGGAGACUCCUCUUGCAGACAUGAGUUGGUUGCUCGGGGAGAUCAAGCAGUUUGCUCUGGAGUCCAGUGAGCUGCUGGUCGACGUGCUGCUAGAAGAUGGAUUUCUGGUUCCGACAGCCGAGCAGCUGGAAACGUUGAGCUGUGAUCCCUCAGAGAGGUCCAGUCCCACAGAACCCAGAAUCCCUCAGCUCUUCCUGCGGUUCUGGCUGCCCCUACUGAAGAUGCUCAAUCACCCAUCAUUCAUCCACCUUUUUCUGGAGAAGCUGUUUGCGGAGCUGAAGCUGCUCAGCAGGGAGCAGAACCGUCACCGGGCCUUCUACAUUUCUGCUUGGACUUCAGAAGUCCUCCUCUGCAACAACAACAAGAACGAGUACCGCUUUGAAACUAAGGUGCAGAGGAAGUCCCGGAUGAAGGACAGGAUCUUUGUGCACCGUAUCCAGCUGCGGUGGCAGCAGCUGCUCGCAGCAUGCCUGGAUGCUCCGUGUGUCAGCACACCUCACCUGCUCCAGUUAGUCCUGGAUGACAUGGAGCAUCCCCUCCCUCUAGAAACCCGACAGAAGCUUCUCCAGCUCUGCUCCAUCUACACACAAACCACACACACAGAGUCCAGCUCCUCACAGGAUCUCACACAACAGCCUGUUUACACCCUGGAGAGUCUGACUGAGAAGCACAGCCAUCUGCGGCGGGCGGCGGCGAGCUCAGGCAGCAGCGAGUCCUCUCAUGACCUCAGGUGGGCCGACGCUCUGGCUGAAAAAGCAAAGAUGCUCAGAGGUUCUCCCUGGCAGGUGUGCACAGAUAAGGUCACAUGGAAAAACGUUCCCCUGGGAAAAGUCCCCGGACAGUCGGACGACCCGUCGUGUCUCAUGGCAGGAACGUAUUCGACGAUGACUGUGCUCGACCAGCCGGUGAAGCUGGAAAGCAGUGGGACUCAGAACAUCCCGGGAGCGUCGGCUCCUUCCAGAACAGCCGAGGGCCUCCUCUGGAGCCAGAGUGACGUGAGCAGACUCAAAUCUGAACUGAAGCUCUUCUGAGUCGUGUUAUCGUGCAGAAAUGUGCUGUAAGGAUGUCCACUUGUGUUUUUACACCAAACAAACUGCUGUUUUCUUAACAUGCAGAUGAAAGCAUGAAUGAAUAAAGUGGUUAUGGAUGAGAAGAACAUUUGA